AAACCAGGACUACAACAGGUCUAAACCAGGACUACAUCAGGUCUAAACCAGGACUACAGCAGGACUAAACCAGGACUAAACUAAGUCUGAGCCGGGAGGACAGUUAGAGUCAAGAGGAGCCGUUGGAGAGACGAGAGGAGCCGUAGAGAGCCAAGAGGCAGUUAGAGAGCCAUGAGUGCACAAGGAGCCGUUAAGAGAGCCACGAGGAGCUGUUAAAGAAGACCAAGACCACAGGAGGGAGGUUAAAAAGAGAGCCGUGAGGAGCCGUGAGGAGCCGUGAGGAGCCGUAAGGAGCCUUUGGAGAGCUGUGAGAGUAGUUAGAGAGCCAUAAGGAGCCGUUAGAGAGCCUGCAGGGAGGUUAGAGAGCCGGGAGGAGCCGUUAUGAGCCGGGAGGGCGGUUGGAGAGCCGUGGGGAGCCGUUAUGAGCCGGGAGGGCGGUUGGACAGCCGUGAGGAGCCGUUAUGAGCCGGGAGGGCGGUUGGAGAGCCGUGAGGAGCCGUUAUGAGCCGGGAGGGCGGUUGGAGAGCCGUGGGGAGCCGUUAUGAGCCGGGAGGGCGGUUGGAGACGGUUACCAAAGCGCUGAGUGCAAACAGACAGGAACUGUGACGUCACGCGGCCGGGGAGGGGGAUCAGUCCGUGGCUCAGUGCGCUAUCGGCGGCCAACAGCUGCGGAUCUGCGGCCGGUGAUAGUGAAGACGGAGCCGGCGGUGCGCGGCUCUCGGCGCAGAUGGAGCGGACGGAGCGGAUGGACUCGCCUCGUCGCGGCUGAUCCGAACCGAGUCUUCCCGAGCGGCCGGUCCGUCCACAGAGUCCGUCCCUGACCACUCGGACCGAGGAUGCUGCCCAGGAACCUGCGGUCGGGCGGGUGCGACCUGCCAGGGGUGGAGUCCUAUGCGGUGCCUCUCAUUGGCUACCGGCCGCUGUCACCUGAUCACCCCGCCAGCCAAUCAGGGAGGAGCGCGGCGGAGGAGGAGAGCGCGCAGACGGACGCCCCCAUGAAGACGACCUGGUACUGCCCCCUGGACCUGUCGACUGUGGUGGAGGAAGAGGAGGAGGGAAUCAUCUACACUGUGAUGGUGAAACCUCAGCACAGCUCCUCCUACAGCCCCAGGCCGGGAGCGACUCGGACUCAGAGCGUGAAGGCCGGGACCGAGGAGAAGCUGGUGCUGCACCUGCUCCACUGCCUCUCCACCGGCGACGCCACCUACGUCAGCAUCUUCCUCUGCACCUACCGCUCCUUCAUCAGCACCCAGCGCGUCCUGGACAUCCUCACUGACCGGCUGGAGGACCCCCCGGGCAGCAGUGAGUCCAGCCCCACCAGACAAGCCUUCAACAGGGCGGUGUGCAGCGUGUUCACCUCGUGGCUCUCGGAGUACCCUGAGGACUUCGAGGUUCUGGAUCCUUCGUCUCUGCUGCGUCUCGCUCCUCUCGUCCCGUCUCCUGAGCUCCGAGCGAAACUCCUGCAGCGAGCGGAAGAACAGAGCGAGAGACAACUGCUGCCCCCCGCGCCCAAAGAGGCUCCUCCCCCUCCUCCUCCGGACCCCGCCUCUUUUGAGCCCACCCACAUCCUGGGCUUCCCCACGGCGCUCAUCGGCGAACAGCUCACCCGCAUCGAGACGGAGCUGUUCGUGCGUCUGGUGCCCUACCACUGCCUGGGCUCGCUCUGGUCUCAGAGGGAUAAAAAAGGGCGCGAGGGGCAGUGCUGGUCCGUGCGGGCGACCGUCCGACAGUUCAACAGACUCACCAACGCCGUCCUGGCAUCGUGCCUCUGGAACACCCGCCUGCGCAGCCACCAGAGGGCGCGCCUGCUCCACAAGUGGAUCAGCGUGGCAGAGGAGUGUCGCUCGAGGAAAAACUUCUCGUCUCUUUACGCCAUCGUGUCGGCGCUGCAGAGUAACCCCCUGCACCGCCUCAGGAGGAGCUGGCAGCACGCAGACAGAGAGUCUCUGAAGAAGUACGAGGAGCUCGCCGAGAUCUUCUCAGACAAAGACAACUACUCCCAGAGCCGAGAGCUGCUCAAAGAGGAGGGCACGUCCAAGUUCGCCAACCUCGACAACAGACUGAACAACAAGAACGCCUCCAAAUCCUCUGCCCAGGGAACAGUGCCGUACCUGGGGCUCUUCCUCACAGACCUCACCAUGCUGGACACGGCCGUGAAGGACCGACUCGACAACGGAUACAUCAACUUCGACAAGAAGAGGAGGGAGUUUGAGAUCUUGGCUCAGAUUCGCCUCCUGCAGUCGUCGUGUAAGAACUGCACGUUCCGCACAGAGCCGGCCUUUGUGCGCUGGUACCACAGUGUGCCCAAGCUGUCCGAGGCCGACAGUUACAGAUUGUCCAAUGAGAUCGAAGCUGCAGGUGAACCCGGCUCCCGCGGAGCCACGCCCACUGUCAUCAUCACACAGUGCCCCGAGCUGAGUGGUUCUCGCUCGAGUCUCCCCUCAGACUCAGACGCUCAGUUCGACUUCUCGUCUCCUGUGAACCACCUGCUCUCCAAACUCACCAAGCACAUGCGCUCUCCCUCGGUGUCCUGUCUGGACGUGGACUCGUCCCCGUCCUCGGCGGAGCCCACCCCGGCCGCCCUCGCCCCCUCGUCCCCGACCAAGUCCCACCGGCGCUCGGCCUCGUGCGGGACGUCCCCCGCAGGUCCUCAGGGCUCGGGGCCCGACAUGAGAAUCAUCCGCAUCCGCAUGGACCUGCAGGACGGAAACCUGUACCGCAGCAUCCUGGUGAGCAGUAAUGAUAAGACUCCUGUGGUGAUCAGCGGAGCUUUAGAGAAACACAACCAGGAUCCUCGAGACGCUCCACACUACGAACUCCUGCAGCUGUUGCCAGACGACAAAGAGCUGCUGAUCCCGCCCACAGGAAACGUCUUCUACGCCAUGAGCUCCUCCAGCGUCGACUUCCUGUUGAGGCGAAAAGGCGGGACUCCUCUGGGCUCUCAGCCAAUCAGCACGGAGACCAGCGCCACCUUCCCACGAAUCAAGGCCAAGGGGCGUCGGCUCGUGCGGACGCUGUUCUGAUGCGGCGCCGGCGAGGCCCCGGGGGGGCGCCGGCGAGGGCCCGCGGGGGGCGCCGGCGAGGGGCUCUUCAGACUAUGCACUUAAACUGGAACUGUACCGUCACACGUCAGACUGAAGGGGGCGACGUUUCACUUAAAGCUUCCAUAUUUUGCUUUUCAAAAACACAAAACUUUAUUUUAUGACUUUUUUUUUCUUAAAGAGGAGAAAUUAUGCAAAUCACUCUGACAUGUUCUAACGUUGUUCCUCAUCACAAACCUGAAUCUUUUAGAAUCAUCCAUGCGUGUUUGAGUCAUCUAGAGAUCUCUCCUGGGCCCUAUUCAAAUCCUCGUUAUGGAUAGCAGUACGAGCCUGUACGAGGCUCCGCCCACAAGCCUCCCACACGACACUUCUCCAUAAAUACACCAAAGCUCGUCUCCACGGGGAUGAACGUGCUGAACCUGAAUCCCUGCGUGACUUCCACAGUGAAAUACAAAUGUGUAAAGCCACAGUGCGGGACUUUGGGAGGCGUUCACGUGGCGACAGGAGCUCAGUGGGUCGAGCGUUUGUUUGUUCGCUGUUUGGGUCUGUGGUUGUGGUUAGAGGUUUGAAUCUCACUCUCAACAUAAACAACAGAUGAAUGCUGUUCUUGUGUUCUUGGGCAAGACACUUAACCCCCCUCGCCCCCAGUGUUCUUUGACUUCCUGAGUCAAGGUGGAAAAGCGCUGUAUAAAAAUCUGACCAUUCACCACACCUUAUGUGAAGGUUAAAGUGACCAAACGUCCUUUUUUCUCGUCCUGUUCUGGCCGUCCGGGUUUAGUUUUUUUUAAGUGAUGUAAAUGUUCAGGUUUUCUUUUCUUUUCAUUGGGACAUUAAACUGAGCGUCUCUCGUCGCGUCUGUGACUCAGAAGGAGCGAGACACAAACAGUCGAUCAGUCUGAAACAUGACGAAGCACAAAUGCACAUUUAACAAAGACUUGGACAAGAAAUUCUCCGUUUUCCGUCCCGGUCGAGACAAGUGUGAGUCCAUGUGCACAGGCUUGUGAGGUGAGAGUAGCUCAACGUUGAGGACACGCUGGAGGGACCAUGUCUCUGGACUGGCCUGGGAACAUCUCAGGGUCUCUGCUCAGACUGUUGAACCUGUGACCCCAGAGAAGAGGAAGAACAUGGCUGGAUGGAGAUGGAGACAGAUUCAUAAUGAAGAGACUCAAACAUGUGAGUGAAACAAAACACAACUCCAGCUCUGAUUUUAUGUUUCUGAGGAGGAACAACGUUAGAACAUUGUUAAAGUUCACAGGAGGUCAUUUCAUUUUGUGUAACACUGGACCUUUAAACGAAGCAAAGACAAGUGUGUUUGAAAAAAAAAAAAAAAAGAGCCUGAGGAGAGAGGAACGAGUCAAACCCGUGUGAAGGAAGAAAGAAGAAAAACACAGUGAGGGCUGCGUAAUAUGGAAACUUUAAGAACUUCUGAGGACCUUUGAGAACUUCUGAGGACCUUUGAGGACCUCUGAGAAGCUCUGAGAUCCACUGCACACUGCUCCCACCAAAGCCUCAGUGGCGCCAUCUGGUGGCACAGCACAGAUCUGCACUUUCACGUUGCUCUUCCAGGAACCUCAUGGUGACCUCAGCUCCUCCAAACCCCAGCUCCUCCUCAGCUCCUCCUCUUCUCCUCCUCAGCUCCUCCUCUUCUCCUCCUCAGCUCCUCCUCUUCUCCUCCUCAGCUCCU